AAUAGUGGUUUUGUCCAUGGUUCGUUAUGGCGGACUUAAUAGGUGACGGUGAUUUUUCGAAAGAAAAUAUACAAAAAUUUAACAAUGAAAGGCGGAGUAGUAAACAGUGGGUGAAACUGAAUGUUGGUGGAACAUAUUUCUUAACUACGAAAACUACUUUGUCUAGGGAUCCUAAUUCAUUUUUAUAUCGAUUAGUGCAAGAGGACAGUGAUUUGAUUUCAGACAGGGACGAAACUGGCGCAUAUUUAAUAGAUAGAGAUCCCACUUAUUUUUCGCCAGUCCUCAAUUAUCUUCGUCAUGGUAAACUGGUUAUUAACAAUGACAUUGCUGAGGAAGGAGUUUUGGAAGAAGCAGAAUUUUAUAAUAUUACUGAACUCAUAAGAUUAGUUAAGGAAAGGAUAUGUCUAAGAGAAAGAAGGCCUUUGAAAGAUUCAAAGAAACAUGUAUAUAGAGUUUUGCAGUUUCACGAAGAAGAAUUAACGCAGAUGGUGUCAACAAUGUCAGAUGGUUGGAAAUUUGAACAGUUGAUUAACAUUGGCUCACAGUAUAACUAUGGAAAUGAUGAGCAUGCUGAAUUCCUUUGUGUUGUUAGUCGUGAAUGUGGCAGUUCUUUGAAUAGCAAUGAUAUAGAGCCCACAGAUCGUGCAAAGGUACUCCAGCAAAAGGGCUCAAGAAUGUGAGCUUACAGAAACUGAAAUAUGUUCUAUAUAUUUGAGACUCAGCUCUGUGUGAAAUGUGUAUAUAAAUAAUUGUAGAAUAUAAACAGCCUGCUCCUUUUUCUUCUUAGUUUUAUAUUCUAAUUUGGCUUGUAAAAAAUAAUGUUGGAAUUAGUCAAUUGAGUGGUAUCUGGUAUAUUAAAUAUAGUUCUCCAUAACUGAAUGUAUAGAGAUACAAAUACUCAGUUUCUUAUAAAAUUAUAAAGAACUUAGUACCUAGUUUAUAUUUAAUUUUGAACUAUUAGGAAAUUGUAAUAUUGUUGCGAUGGAUGUCUUCUACCUUGUAUAGUUCAUAAAAAAAAGUUGUUAAAACAAUAACUAGUUAUGUUACACAAGUCUACAUGUUGAAUAUUGUUAUAUAUAAUGAUUUAUAUCUUCCAAAUACAUGUUAAAUCUUAAAUUAGAUAUUUGUUACCAUUAAUAUGAUGUCCAAUUUAAGAUUUCUGUGAACUUGUGUUCACCUCUUUAUUAUCUUGCAUCUUAAAUUUUUUUUGUAUGUCAAAUAAUACUGUAAAUUACUUAUUCAACAAUUGCUAUUAUAGAGCUUCAAACUCUUCAGAAAUUGUAUGAUGGAGGAACCUGGCGAAUAUAUUAAUCUCAGUCAUAAUACAUUGUGGUGGUAUAAAGAACAAUCUGAUUACAUGUUGUGAGCAUAAAAAAGUGAAGAUAGGGGAGAAACAAUUCUGUGUUUUUUUUAUUAUUCUCUAGGGUGCAUAGACAUAAUAAUGUAUUGUAAUACAAUGUUUAUAGCUUAUAUAAAAGACAGUUGUUCAGUUGUCGACUGAGCAAAACUACAAUAGUUUUAUUUUAUAAUAAUAACAAAAUUUUGCAGAAAACAUAGUCCUUUUUGGUCACUUAUAAAAUAAUAUUAUGAAAUAAAUCAUACUUUUUCCCAGUCCUAGUCAAACUUUUUAUAUAUUUAUUAAAAAAAUAACAGUGAAAUUUGAAUUUUGUUCAUCAAGACAAUCUUAAACCAAUUGUCAGGUUUGGAAGAUAACAGGCCCUGUUAACAUAACACACAUCUAAUACAAUACUGAAUUAACUCAAUAAUUAAAAACAAAAUGAAAUUGUUCACAUUAAAUUUUUAGUGGAUUUUCCUAAAUUUGUUUUUUUUAGUUAAUCCAGCAUUGUUUCGUGUGUGAUAUGAAAUGGCAUUAUUAAUCGUCCUAAUAGUAGGGAUUGAUUUGAAUUAUGAAUAUUUUAGUCAAAGUUGUUUAUUGACUUCAUGAUACAAAAAUGUUUUUAAAAUAUUAAGAUAUAAAAUUUUAUUAGGAGAUAUAAAUAUUUUAGUAAAACUAU